AAUUUUUUUACAAUUUCAUUGUUUUUCUGUUUAAAUAAAUAUCAAUUUUAAUAAAUUCUUGUUUUUUAGUUCGGUAUCUUAGUAUCUAUUCUCAUAGAUAAACAUAAUUAAAAAUAAAAUAAUUUUGAAUAAUGUUUAAAAUUUUAAGAAGUCAAUUUUCUUCUUUCAUUAUACAAAUGCCCCACCGCCCCCACCUAUCUGGGAUAGUAGUAAAAAAACUGUUCACGAAGAAAACAAAACCUGUAAUACUUUACAAAGCCAAAUCAAAUUCAUGCUCACUUAUUCAAAGUCGCAGUUUUUCUGCUACAUCUCAACCAUUAAUUACAGAAAUUAAUUAUGAAAAAUUGAAAGAAUUAAUGAAUCAAAAUGAUGUAUUAAUUAUUGAUGUACGUACUAAAGAAGAAUUAGCUGCUACAGGAGUUUUACCAAAUAGCUAUAAUAUUCCACUUGAUGAGUUAAAUACUGCAUUUGAAUCUGCACCUAUCAAAUUCUUAGAGAAGUACAAUGUUCCUAAACCAGAUAAGGAUCAAAAAAUUAUUUUUUCUUGCGCCAAAGGAAUAAGGAGUUUAAAAGCAUGCCGUUAUGUUGCAGACUUGGGUUAUAAAAAUCUUUUCAAUUAUACCGAAGGAUGGUUUGGAUGGGAGUCACACAAAUGAAAAAAUGAUACCAUUAAUCAUUUUAUAGGUUGAUACUUAGUGUAUCUACUAAAGUCUAAAAGCAAGUAGACUGUUGUUUUAAAAUUGUAUUUUUAAUUUAUUAUUAAAUAACAAUAUUCAAUGUUAUACAAACUUAAA